AGACAGACAGACAGACAUGCAUUGACUGCAGACCAUUUCACCCUGUCACUCGCGUGUGUCGAACCCGUACUGGUACAACGAAUCGCGACAAUGGAUUUUGGUGACCGGGAGGAGGGAUGGUUGGUCGUGGUAGUGAUCAAAUUUAGGGCUAGAAGUUCAACUCAUGUCUAAUUAUCGUGGCUAGACAGAUUUCGCUUUUGGUCUUUAUCAAGCCGACAUUGUGUUUUCAAUGAUGGAGCAGGACGAUUUAGUGUGCGUGUAUGAUUCGACGUGGGACACAGAGAGUGAUGGAGACGAUUCAGGAGAGAACCAAACGCGUCGCUCAAGCCAGGACAAAACUAAAUCAUAUUGGACGUCUGGUUUAGUACGUUGCAUUAAUUUUUUUUAUUUGUUGUGUUACUAACUAUACAAAUGUUGGCGUUAACACGGCGAACAAGUACGCAAAAACUAGCAUUAGGCCACUACUAUCACACGUUAGCUUGCUAGCUAACUUGCAUGAUUUAAAUUGCAAUUUAGCUAGCUAGCUAGCAACUGUUCAACUAAUGUAAUGGAAGCCUAACCAGCCAGGCUAACCAAGCUAACUAACUACCUCCAAGUUUUGAAUAUUGUUUGCAGGAGAAUGUAAUAGUUUUACGCGAGUUGGUAGCUAUCAUUAUAUUUUACAAACGUUUCAUUAUAAUGCCUAAUUUAGUUGUUUGUUACAAAGCUAGCUAGCUACUAUGCCAACUAACGUUAGCAGGCUAAAGGCUAGAUAAAGCGCUAACGUUACCGUUAGCUAUAUGUAACGUUAGCUUUUCAUCCCCACUUUGUCUUGAACUAGUCAGUGCAUUAAAGCCAGCUGUGGCGAUUUUCGCAUGUAAAUCUUGGUGGGGCAAACUCAACCAAUUCUUUUAGAUGUAUGCCAGCGAAGCCACUACACAACACUAAACAAUACAUUAAAUGCACUAUAACUGUGACAAACGGUGCCCACAAACUGUUAGGGCCUAUACAACGAUUAUCCGACAGUGGAGCUUUUUAAAUAUGGAUUUAAUUGUAAAAAAAUUUAACGAUCUACACAAAAUACUCUAAUGUCAAAUUGGAAGAAAAAUGUUAACAUUUGUAAAACAUUUAUGAAAAAUUAAACACUAUUUUGAUUACAUAAGUAUUUAACCCCCUCCCCCCCCUAAGAGCUUUGCACACCUGGAUUGUACAAUAAUUGCACAUUAUCCUUUUAAAAAUUCUUAAACUUUGUCAAGUUGGUUGUUGAUCAUUGCUAGACAGCCAUUUUCAAGUCUUGCCAUAGAUUUUGAAGCUGAUUUAAGUCAAAACUGUAACUAGGCCUCUCAGGAACAUUCACUGUCUUCUUGGUAAGCAACUCUAGCAAAGGCUUUUAUAACUAACCCAAGAUAGACCACAGCCUGUCGUUUCCAAUGGGAGCAAAUUAAUCAUAGUGGGCAAAACAAGCAAGGAGGUGGGCAGAGCCAAGCACAAGCUAGCUUUCUGUGUUUGCAAACAUUGCCACAAGAGGGCGAUGCAGGCAAGUUGGUGGCAGAACACAGGGGAGUUCUUAUCCACCUAAUUUUAGAACGCUGGUUGAGAGAAUGCCAAGCGUGUGCAAAGCAAAGAGUCACGAUGCCAGCAUGUUCUGUAUUUAACUGUACUAAUCGUCAUUCAAAAGAGUAAUCUUUUUGUUGUUGGUAAAUCAGUCGUAAUUCUGAUUAUCGUAGUUCAUAUUUGCUGUCCGUUUGGUUUUCCAAUGAAGAAUUUCAAAUAUAAAAUACAUUUUUAUUUUUUUAAAUGUUGUUUACUACAUGAUUCCAUAUGUGUUAUUUCAUAGUUUUGAUGUCUUCACUAUUAUUCUACAAUGUAAAAAAAUUUAAAAAAUAAAGAGAAACCCUGGAAUGAGUAGGUGUCCAAACUUUUGACUGGUACUAUAUAAACUUAGCGACUGUUUCAGCAAGAAUCAAAACAUAAUUGUAAGCGUACGAGAACCCAAAAAAGUUAUUUUGUUUAGAGGUAAUUAAAAUCUAGGCUAUGUUGAAUGGGCGCAGAUGGCGAUUGCUUUCUUACUGCAGCCAAGAGUCGCGCGCAUCUGUGCGUGACGUCAGUGUGUCGUGUACUGGAAAGGGGUCUAUUCACGCCUACUCUGUGAAGUGUGCGUGUGCAAUAACUCAAUUCGCCCUUGCACUUCUUCUAAAGAAAACAACUUUUAGAAAUUGGGCAAAGGGUAGUCUACAAAACUUAGUCCACUCUGUUCGUAACAGAUUCUAGGUUUGGAAACAGAACUGUAUCGAGAUCAAAUGUUUCAGUGAUGAGAAAAUUUGCAGAAUGUCGGCCAAAAUCCAUCUUCGCUCCAUCUUCUCCCACUGCCAGCCACUGGGCUUCCUCUCAUCACCAUAUUUGGUAGUGAGUGGAAACGCCAACUGGAUGCUUCACAUUUAUACAUCUGGUGAAAUAUGUCUCAUUGUUCUAUCUGUGACUAGUGUAUAUUUGGCCUUGUGUUUUAGGUUAUUGUCCUGCUGAAAGGUGAAUUUGUCUCCCAGUGUCUGUUGGAAAGCAGACUGAACCAGGUUUUUCUCUAGGAUUUAGCCGGUGCUUAGCUCUAUUCCGUUUCUUUUUAUCCUAAAAAAAACUCCCUAGUCCUUGCCAAUGACAAGUAUAGGCUUCCCAUAGCCACCACCAUGCUUGAAAAUAUGAUGUGUUGUGUUGGAUUUGCCCCAAACGUAACACUUUGUAUUCCGGAUUUUUUUUUGCAGGUUUACUUUAGUGCCUUAUUGCAAAAAGGAUUAAUGUUAUGUACAGGCUUCCUUUUCACCCUGUCAUUUAGGUUAGUAUUGUGGAGUAACUACAAUGUUGUUGAUCCAUCCUCAGUUUUCUCCUAUCACAGCCAUUAAACUCUGUAACUGUUUUAAAGUCACCAUUGGCCUCAUGGGGAAAUUCCUGAGUGGUUUCCUUCCGCUCCGGCAACUGAGUUAGGAAAGAGGCCUGUAUCUUUUUUGUAUUGAUACACCAUCCAAUCUUCACUGUGCUCAAAGGGAUAUUGAAUGUCUGCUUUAUUUUUAUUUUUUACCCAUCGUUUUUACCCAUGGCUCAUCUACAGUAUAUGCGGUGUCUAGCUGAGCCACAGUGUUUGAUUUCCACAGUAAUCAGAGUUUAACAGCGUUUUCUACAUGUGAAGCACAAUUCUCAUGUUUUGAGACCCUUUCAGACAGAUGUUUUAAAUCCUUAUACCCAGACUUGGAUGACACACUCUCCACCUAAUAGCAGGCAGGGGAAGCAAAAUAGUGAUUGCUUUGCGACACUCGCAGUUAGCCACUGCAUCCUUACAAACCACUCAUUGUUGAAUUUGCGAUUUCCGACUUGUUGUGUAAUGUUUCUGUUCAAUGGCCGAUGAGCACCGAGACGUUUUAUCUCUAAUUUCUCUUCAUAUGACAAGGAUUGAAAAGGAUUUGCCAGUAGAUUGUCGAUGUGGUUCAUGAUGAUGACUGCUUAUCUAGCUAGCUAUUGAUAUGAUCAUUCCAAUCAAAGCUACGGGAGGUAUAACAUGAUUCAAUGUAAUUUUAUCUGUGGCCAUUGACCUUGAGUCUUCUUGGACGAGCAUUUCUACUGUAAAUGUAUGGCAGCUCCCAAGGGGGGGCUAAACUGAAACACUAAUUAAUGCCAGAAUUAUAUGCAAAACAGGCCAUUUUUUCCCCCUACAAAAUGUUUAAACCGGUGGGGCUCUGCCCAGAAUUAUGGGUCGCCACUGAUAGCCAGUAGGCUAACAAGGUUCAGAAAUAUACAGUAUACUAGCUACACAUGUGGCUAUAUGCCAAUAUUAAAGCUAGCUAGCAUUGACAAAGUCUGGCGGGCCGUUUCAGAAGUUGUUGGUAGAUUGCAAUAGCUAACUGGUUGGUAAUUGGCUAGCUGGCUUCGUCUUCAAUUGCUAAGUUAGCCAACUGAUUAGUUAGCUAGGUAGCUAGCCAUUUAACUAUUGGGAGGAUGGGUUGUCUGCUUUUCCAGCUAGCUAACUACCACCAAACAGUUUCUACCAGUGAGCUAAAGUAACAUGCCGCUGAUUUGUAGGUUGAACUAAAGUUUCUAAAAGGCUUGCUAGGCCAGGUAGCUAGCUAAUCAGAAUUAAUACCCAGUGUUGACCGGCAAACAGGCCACGCAGAAAAGUAACGGAUAGGCAGUGGAAUGUGUAGAAUGCGCAAACAAAAUGUGCUGCUGUGUGGACCUAGCCUAACCAAGGUGUGAUCGUUGUUGUGAUGGUAGCCCAUUAACUUUAUAUUUUCAGUUGGAAGGAUCAUGGUCAAAUUAUAUCUAGAUAGGGUACUCGCACGCACUUAACUUUGCGCCAAUUUAGUUCUAUUUUACAAAGAGUCACCAUGCCAGCAUGUUCUGUAUUUAACUGUACUAAUCGUCAUUCGAAAGAGUCUAAUCUUUUUUGUUGUUGUUGGUAAAUCAGUCGUAAUUCUGAUUAUCGUAGUUAAUAUUUGGUGUCCGUUUGGUUUUCCAAUGUUGACCUGGUUAGGUUUUAGGUAAUGGUGAGCUUUUAAAUGAACCUUUUGCUGCAAAGGUUUAACAGUAGGCUUGUAUCAGGUUCGUAGACAUUAAAACCAGGUUGACUCUCUCAGGCAGGAUGAAAACGACUACAUCGACCAUGAUCCUUUGCUAGUUACGGCCACUUUCAUCAUGAUCCUUAGCAACAAAAAUGUUUUGCCAUUCAGCAAUAUGCCGUGCUUCAAAUUCAAAUACUUCUGGCUUCAUGCGCCGUUAGGAGUUUUCCAUAGGAAUACGUGGAUGACGUCAGCGCUAUCUACUGGUUUUAAUGUCUAGGAUAGUAACUAUGUAGCUAGCCGUUUUGAUUAGCUAGCUAUUCAUGGACUGGUUGGCUGACAACAUCACAAAUUAUGCGCUUGUGGCCGGAAGCCGCGCUUUAUGAUUCUGAAUGGUCAAAUACCAAGCAACCACAACAAGAAUCUGCCAUGUGGGGAAUUGUAAGUGGCUCGUUUCAGUUUGUUGUAUCUUGUUAUUGAUACCAUGUCUUGUUUUGACUGAUUUCAUGUCAAUGUUAAUAUGGCUAAAAUUCAUUAGCUAGCUAUCCAACAAAUGUACCGAUGUAUUUGAGACAGGUUCUCAUUGUGCAAAUAAAUAAACAAUAAACAUUUGGAGACUAAAUAUAGUUUACAUGUUGUCAACAAUGUAAGCCAACUCCAUCUGUUUUGGCCCAUAGUUGCACACGCGUCAGGUCUGUUGCUAAACAACCAACUUGUGUAUGUGUUACCCAUUUCACUAUUAUUUUGAACAUCUGUUUUAGCACUGAUGACCAACUGAACAUUAUACUCAAAAAUAGUUUUUCCUGAUUACCAGUCACACCAAUCAAAACUGUCAUAACUGAUUUCAUUGGACAAAUAGUGAAAAUGGUUUAACAUAAUUUAAAAAUAUAUAUAUUUUAAAAUGCUUUCUGUUGCAGUCACAGGCAAUGUUCUGCAUUUCACUGCUUUUUUUGUUGAAAACAAAUGCAAUAUGUCCUUGAGCAUUUUAGCUGAGCUGUCUUAAAGUUAAGUGUUUUAGAGGUGUGAAGAUAAGUGUCAUCUCACAGUCAGUGAAUGUUUUGCCAUUGACUACUGCCCUUUAUGUGCCCUGUCAAGGGGUAUGAUUUAUUUGUAUUUGAUCUGCUGCAGAGUAAUGUGUUCUGCCAAUUUGGCUGUUGGGAAGAGAAUCAUGCGAUAUGAUGUAAUGCAGAAAAGUAUGUUGGUAAGACAAGGCUAUGUAUGUUUGUGCACAUGGAAGUCAGUGAUUUAUGUUUACUAUAGAUUAAUGAGGCAAUACAAAUGUGAUGUGCAUAAAAUGACUAAAAUUAAAGGGCAUUUAGUUGGCAAAAAUUGCCCACUGUUUUCAUCAUUUAGAAAAUAACUAGACUAAAUCAUUAUUCAAAUGACAAAUGUGACUAAGACUUAAUGAUAUUUUAGUCGAAAUGACUAAGACUAGACUAAAUCAAAAAAAAAAGAGUGACAAAAUUAUCACUGAUGUACAGUGAGCUCCAAAAGGAUUGGGACAGUGACAACUGUUCUGUUGUUUUGGCUCUGUACUCCAGCACUUUGGAUUUGAAAUGAUGCAAUUGCUAUGAGGUUAACGUGCAGACUGUCAACUUUUAUUUGAGGGCAUUUGUCACACCCUGGCUCUGGGACUCUAUAUGUUGAGCCAGGGUGUGUUCAUUCUAUGUGUUCUGUUUCUAUGUUGGGUGUUCUAGGUUGUGUAUUCUAUGUUUGCCUGAGUGACUCCCAAUCAGAGGCAACGAGUGUCAGCUGUUGGCUGGUUGUCUCUGAUUGGGAGCCAUAUUUAACUGUCUGUUUUUCACUUUGUGUUUGUGGGUUUUUGUUCCGUGUUCGGUCAUUGUCACCGUGGACUUCACGAGUCAUUUAUUGUUUUGUUUCGUGCUUUAAUAUAAUAAAGUAACAUGUUCGUUCAUCACGCUGCGCAUUGGUCUACUUCUCUCCCUGACGAUCGUGACAGAAAAACCCACCGUACCAGGACCAAGCAGCGUGUCCAGGAACAGGCAGACUGGACAUGGGAGGAAGCGCCAGGAAAGGAGAUGGAGAGGCUGGCGAUGGCCCAGGUGGGCAAAUCGUGGUCCUGGGAGGACAUGCUCGGGGGCAAAGGGCCAUGGGCAAGGAUUAAGGCCCUGGCGAGAGAGGAGCAGCGGCGUCAGCAGUGUCAUCGUCGGAAGGACGAGAGGCAACCCCAAAAAAAAUUUAGGGGGGGGGCACACGGCAUGGGCGGCUGGGCAGCAGGAGGCUGCCACAGGGCGAUUUGGAGAGGAGGCCACCGGGUUUGGGGGCCCAGAAGGCAGGUUGGCGGAGCCUGGAAGGAGAGCGGAACCAACGUCCCGUACUCAGGCAUGGCAGCAUGGGACGGGGCAGGUUCCGCGGUAUGCGGAGCGGCGUUCUGUGCCACGAGUGGUCCGGCAUAGUCCUGUACGUCCUGUGCGAGCGCCCCGCACGUGUCGUGCGAAGGCGGGUAUGCAGCCAGGACGGAGUGUGCCGGCUCAACGCUCGUGGUCUCCAAUGCCUCUCCGCGGUCCCUGAUAUCCUGCUCCAGUGUCACGUGCUGUUAUGCCAGUACGGGUACACAGCCCUGUACGUCCUGUGCGGAUGCCUCACACAGAGUGUGUGAGGGUGUGCGUCGUCAGCCUGGUCCAGCCCGUUCCUGCUACUCGCACCAAGCCAGGGGUGCGAGUCGUCAGUCCGGUGAGGCCCGUUCCUGCUACUCGCACCAAGCCAGGGGUGCGAGUCGUCAGUCCGGUGAGGCCCGUUCCGGCUCCACGCACCAAGCCAGGGGUGCGAGUCGUCAGCCCGGUCCGGCCUGUCCCUGCUCCACGCACCAAGCCUACGGUGUGCGUCGCCAGCCCAGUCCGGCCAGUCCCUGCUCCACGCACCAAGCCUACGGUGUGCGUCGUCAGCCUGGUCCAGCCCGUUCCUGCUACUCGCACCAAGCCAGGGGUGCGAGUCGUCAGUCCGGUGAGGCCCGUUCCUGCUACUCGCACCAAGCCAGGGGUGCGAGUCGUCAGUCCGGUGAGGCCCGUUCCGGCUCCACGCACCAAGCCAGGGGUGCGAGUCGUCAGUCCGGUGAGGCCCGUUCCGGCUCCACGCACCAAGCCAGGGGUGCGAGUCGUCAGUCCGGUGAGGCCCGUUCCGGCUCCACGCACCAAGCCAGGGGUGCGAGUCGUCAGUCCGGUGAGGCCCGUUCCGGCUCCACGCACCAAGCUAGGGGUGCACAUCGUCAGCCCGGUCCGGCCCGUUGCUGCUCCACGCACCAAGCCAGGGGUGCGCAUCGUCAGCCCGGUCCGGUCAGUUCCUGCCUCACGCACCAAGCCAGGGGUGCGCGUCGUCAGUCUGGCACAACCCGUGCCUGGGUCAUCGGUGCCAAAUCAGGUACCGCUCAACUGCUCCACAACGGAGCUGAAGCUAGCCGCUCCUGCUACGUCCAGGUCAGCUCCAGCCAGCGGGGCCAGACCGGACCAGGGGCGCUAUGGGGGGUUUAUUGGAGGGUGGUGGGCAAGGCCGGGGCCGGAGCCGCCGCCGAGGAGGUGUGCCCACCCAGCCCUCCCCUGUUUUGCUCUUGUUGAGGCGCGGUCGCAGUCCGCCUUUAGGGGGGGGUACUGUCACACCCUGGCUCUGGGACUCUAUAUGUUGAGCCAGGGUGUGUUCAUUCUAUGUGUUCUGUUUCUAUGUUGGGUGUUCUAGGUUGUGUAUUCUAUGUUUGCCUGAGCGACUCCCAAUCAGAGGCAACGAGUGUCAGCUGUUGGCUGGUUGUCUCUGAUUGGGAGCCAUAUUUAACUGUCUGUUUUUCACUUUGUGUUUGUGGGUUUUUGUUCUGUGUUCGGUCAUUGUCACCGUGGACUUCACGAGUCGUUUAUUGUUUUGUUUCGUGCUUUAAUAUAAUAAAGUAACAUGUUCGUUCAUCACGCUGCGCAUUGGUCUACUUCUCUCCCUGACGAUCGUGACAGCAUUUUCAUCCAUAUCGGGUGAACUGUUUAGAAAUUACAGCACUUUUUGUACACAUUCCCCCAUUUAAGGGACCAAAAGUAUUGGGACAAAUUCACUUGUGUUUAUUAAAGUAGUAUUUGGUAUUUUCGUCACCAUUUUUGUUGCCCAAAUUAACACUGCGCUACAUCACCCAUGCAACUGUUCAAACAGGGAAACUAUGGGGUGAAACUACAGCUAUGGUCUGGGGUCUGUCUCCUCUUUGGUUCCACUGACUUACACCCAGGUCAAAAUCAUUUUAAGGUACCAAAAGGAAAAAUAAUGCCUAUAAAUGUAUUUCUGCCAAAUGUUUUGUCUAAUAUCUCUGAUGUACCCCAUCUUUCACAGUGGUCAAACACGUUCUCCAGGAACAUGAGGGCUGCGAAGGACAUGCAGAACUACAGAAAAGGGUAUCCUGUAAGUCUGAAGGCUCUUGUUAUUACACAUGAAUAGGGCCAGGAGUUUUUGUUGUUCAUGUGAAUUUGUCAGGGAAAAUGUUGGGUAAUGUAAGGCUAACCUGGUCUUACCAGAACCCACAUUUUUUCCUGACCAGGUAAAACUCCAGGCCCUACACAGGUCAUCUGUUUUUAUCUUGUCAUUGUCAUGAGACGUCGUCAUCUAGACAUCUGACUGUGCUGCUUGUCUGCGUAUCUUCCCAGAAUCUAACAGAUGAUGAAUGCUCAGAAGAGAGAAUGUUCAAUUUAAAAUUCUAUCUCAACGAAUACCCCUCCUCCCCUGAUGGUAGGUCAUUUGCUAUUCAACCAAGCAGUUUUCAGUGACUGGAAAAUGUGCGUAAUGGUGUAUGUAAUGCUCUACAUUUUUGUUUAGACAUUUUAAUCGAAUCAUUUCAUAAAGAAUGGAAGACUGACUACAAGAGGCUGGAGAGAGUUCACUCCUACAUUCAGUGGUAUGUAUGAUCCUAAAUGCUCCGGUUCUGUUUUGGGCUAGUUGUGUGUAUUUGUUUCUAAUGUAUCCCGAUGGACAUCUAUAACAGACAAAUUAAAAGUCACGUAUGACAGCAAGUUUCAACCAGAAGUAGAUGUAGCACAAGUUGAAAACUCUAGGAAGUUAUACCAUUAUAAUGUAGUAUUAUACUAUAUACAUAUGACUAUAUUACUUUGACUAGGCCUAUACUUUGCCUGACUCACAAUGAUAACAGUACAGUAAUCUAAUCUCAAGUGUCAUAAACUUGGAUGGCGUUUACAUUCUGUUGGAAUAAACUGUCAAUCACCAACAUUUUGUGUCACUUAGCCCGCAGCACAGAGCAGUAACAUAUCAACAGGAAAGCUAUCACAAAACAAGAUUGAAACAUCAGUGAAGUGAUUGCACUGUGCCAUCUCAAGUUAUAAUCCGCUGUUGUUCUCAGGUUGUUUCCACUUCGGGAGCCAGGAGUGAACUACAUGGCCUCUGAGCUCACCAAGAAGGAGAUCCAGGUGAGUGCUUCACGUUUUUGCUUGAUCAUUGUGGUGUAUUAGGAGCACUGAUGUGCAAGUGUAGUUAAGGGGUACGAUAAAGCACUGUGAAAUGCCCUUUUCAUAAAAUGAGUUACUUUUGAAUGAAACAGUAAGCAUAGGGUGACUUGUCAAUGGACUCCCUUGGGUCCAGUGAGCAGACAAAACGUUUAUGAAUGGAGCUUCUCUAUCAAGGCAAUGAUGAUGGUCUCUGAUCUCUGUGCUCUUGCCCCACUGUGUCCUCAGGCCUUCAGGGAGAGUGAGGAAGCCAAGAAGAGGCUGGUGGAGUCCUACGAGCUCAUGCUGGGGUUCUAUGGUAUCCAGCUGGUCAACAAAGACACAGGCGAGGUCAAACGCGCCGACAACUGGAGAGAACGCUUCGCCAACCUUGAAAGGUGAGAUGCUGAAGUCACACCUUGGCCAUCUUUACAGGGUGUGGUUUCUUAAGACCAUGUGGAACCACUGAUGAACAUUCUUUGUCCAAUUUCUAAAUUAGAAAGGUGUUGUAAACUAGGGGGUCCUCCAUCUAAAUAUUGGUUGUGUUUUCUGUCUCAGGAACAUGCACAACAACCUCCGCAUCACACGCAUCCUGAAGAGCCUGGGGGAGCUGGGCUUUGAGCACUACCAGAGCCCGCUGGUGCGCUUCUUCCUGGAGGAGACGCUGGUCAAAAGGAACCUGAGCAGCGUCAAGCGUAGUGUGCUCGACUACUUCCUGUUUGCCAUUCGUGACAAGAAGAAGCGCAAAGAGCUUCUGCGCUACGCCUUCCAGCACUUUGAGCCCAAGGAAAAGUUUGUAUGGUGCCCCAGAAAGAUCCAGAAACAGCUGAAGAAGGCAGAGAAGGGGAAUGGAGAGGGAGUGGAGGAGGGCCGCCUACGAGCCAAGGCUAGAGAGGGAGAGGCAGGGGGAGCCCAGAAGGAGGAGAAGGGUGUCACGGAGGAGGUGAAGGAGACUACCAAGUUGAAUGAUGAAGCAUUGAGUAGUGACGGAGAUAAGCAGGCAGAGGGGUUUUCUGUUGAUCCUUCUGGGCCAGCGAUCUCCUUAGAGGACUCGGAACCACUGGGAAACAGGAACAGUAAUGAUAUUGACAAUGUUGACAUGGACCAUUCAGGCAGCACAGACCCUGAGUCUGUUAAAGGAGAUCACAGUAUGGAGGAAGGACUCAAAGAGGAUAGUCAGGCCAAGGACAGUGUCCAGGACUCAGUCAAAGUCAAGGCAGCUGCAUCUGAAAUGGAGUCUGAGAACUUGGUGCAACCGACCAAGAAGAAAAGGGAAGGUGACAAGGUGGUGCCUAGCAACGGUCCUACAGACAACCGCCCCAACGGGUGGGAGAAAGGCAUGGUCGUCCCCGACAACAACAACCACCCACAUCAGACGAGCCCGUCAGUGGCAUCAUCCCACAAAGCCAAGACAGAGGAUCCCAAAAAGGACUUGCCAUUGGACUCCUCAGAACGAGGGGAAAAACACCCAAGGACUGACUUUAGUGAUGUGCCUGAUAACAAAGCAGUGCCAGUGGUUGGGGAGAAUACAGAGAAAGCUGGAGAGGACCAGACAAAUGGGAAAGCGGUGAAAAAUGAAGUGGAGGCGAUGGAUGUGGAAUCCACCUCUCAGCCAAGUUCAGACCAAGACAUGGGAACUUCCUGA